AUGAGCAUCCUGAGCAGCCGCCCCUACCUCACCGCCUUCCUCACCCUCUUCGCCCUCACCAGCUACUACUACUACACCGCCACCUGCGUCACAUCCACCAAAAACACCAUCACCAUGGCCGCCACCCCCGACCUCCUCUCCCACCUCCACGUCUCCGCCACUCAAUCCUCCACCAACCCCCCCAUCCUCACCCUCACCCUCAAAAACACCCACCCCUCCACCGCCAUCACCCUGCUCAACUGGGAAUCCCCGCUCGACCCCCUCGCCCUCCAGCUCGGCCUCGUCUCCGUCUACCCACUUGAGGGGGACGAGCCCCUCCCGCUGGCCACUAUCCAGGUCAGCCGCAAGUUGCCGCCCGGCCGCGACCAGCUCGUCGCGCUGCAGCCCGGCGAGAGCAGGGCGCAGGAGGUCACGCUGCGCGAGCCCGUCGUGCCGUUUAAGAAGGUGGCGGAGGGGCCGGACGGGAAGAAGAAGGUGCGGGUUGUGUGUCGGGGCAGGUGGAAGGCGGUGUGGGUGGCGGCGGGUGUGGAGGAGGUGGGGGACAGUGCGUUGGAGAAGAUGGAGGCGGAUGAGGGGGCGGUGGGGGGGCAGUGGGAGGCGGAGGGGGUGGAGGUGGAGGUUUGA